CACAAUGGGUACAGCUUCGUCAGCACUAAGUGCGAAUCGUUUCAAGUGAGUUGGUGGCCAAAAAGCUUCGCCCCAUUUGUCAAUCAGAAGCUCUCGAGUCACCAGCGCAACCUUCUCUCUAUAUCUACAUACUCACACACAUAACCAGCCAUGGCUAUCCGUUGUCAGUUCGAGAACAGCAAUGAGAUCGGUGUCUUCUCCAAGCUCACCAACUCGUACUGCCUUGUGUGCGUUGGCGGAAGCGAGAACUUCUACAGUACCUUCGAGUCCGAGUUGGCCGACCACAUCCCCGUGGUGCACGCCAGUAUCGCAGGCUGUCGCUUCGUGGGACGCGUGGCUGUGGGUAACAAGCGCGGCCUGUUGCUUCCCAGCACCACCACGGACCAGGAGAUGCAGCACAUCCGUAACGCUCUGCCCGACACGGUCGUGGUACAGCGUGUGGAGGAGCGACUCUCGGCUCUGGGUAACUGCAUUACUACGAACGAUCACGUGGCGCUCGUGCACACGGAUUUGGACCGCGAGACGGAGGAGAUCGUGGCCGACACGCUUGGCGUCGAAGUAUUCCGCCAGACAGUCGCUGGCAACGCGCUCGUAGGCAGCUACAGCGCUCUGUCCAACCAGGGAUGCCUCGUGCAUCCGCGUACCAGCGUCGAGGACCAGGAGGAACUCAGUUCGCUUUUGCAGGUGCCCGUUGUGGCCGGUACUGUCAACCGUGGUAGCGACGUCAUCGGCGCCGGUCUUGUGGUGAAUGAUUGGACGGCCUUCUGCGGCCUGGACACCACGUCCACCGAGAUCUCAGUGGUCGAGAGCAUCUUCAAGCUCCAGAACGCGCAGCCCGCCAGCAUUGCUACCACCAUGCGCAGCGCUCUCAUCGACUCUAUGACCUAAGGCAGCAGACAGUUACAACGGGCAGGACAAAGAGCGCAAUUCAUUUCACGGGUUCAAGGAACAAGCUCCUGUGCUGAAGACUUGGAGAGGCUCCAGUCCCCCGUGCUUUAGCUAUUUAACCGUACGCUCCAAUAGAUGCUUUGCCAACAGAAAACUUGUCAUUAAUUACCAUGCCACAUCUUCGUUGUCUUGA